AUCCUCUAUUUUCUCCCCCUUCUCACACUCCGCUUCGAAAUCGUUUUUAGUAAGUUCCCCCUUUUAAUCGAUCGCCAGCGCUGCCCGACGAGCGUUCUCUCCCAAUCUCCCGUCGUCCUUCUCUUCUUGUUCUUGGCUUCGGAGCGACCGAUAACGGCGGAUCUUCCUCUCUGAUCUCCGCCGCCAUGGAAGUGGGCUCGAUCUCCUCGGCUCCUCGCACCGUCGAGGAAAUCUUCAAGGAUUAUGGCGGCCGGAGGGCCGCCAUCGUCCGAGCUCUCACCACAGAUGUCGAUUCCUUCUACGCGCAAUGCGAUCCAGAGAAGGAGAAUCUUUGCCUGUACGGGCACCCGAACGAGUCAUGGGAGGUGAAUCUCCCGGCGGAGGAGGUGCCACCGGAGCUGCCGGAGCCGGCGCUCGGGAUCAAUUUCGCGAGGGAUGGGAUGAACCGCAAGGACUGGCUUUCCCUGGUCGCCGUGCACAGCGACUCCUGGCUCCUCUCGGUUGCCUUCUACCUCGGGGCCCGCCUGAACCGCAAUGAGAGGAAACGUUUGUUUAGCAUGAUCAAUGAUCUUCCAACUGUCUUUGAAGUUGUAACCGAUAGGAGGCAAUCAAGAGAAAAGCCUGGCAUGGAUGGCGGAAGUAAAUCCAAACUCUCAACAAAGAGGUCAAGUGAUGGACAGAUGAAAAACAAUUCAAAGACAGUUGAUGAGGGGUAUGGUGAAGAUGAUGAUGAACACAGUGAAACUCUGUGUGGAACCUGUGGUGGCAACUAUAAUGCAGACGAGUUUUGGAUUGGUUGUGAUAUAUGUGAAAGGUGGUUCCAUGGCAAGUGCGUGAAGAUAACUCCAGCAAAAGCUGAGAACAUAAAGCAAUACAAAUGCCCCAGUUGCAGUUCAAAGAAAGGAAGGCUGUAACUUAAAAAAACCUGUUUUCCAGUAUUUUUCCAUUUCAGACUGGUAAAUUCUAGAGACUUUGUUCUUGUUAACAUUUGUAGUUUAGGUGUGGCAGUCCAUGUUUUGUAAUGUUAUUUGUGCUCAUCUAGAAAGAGAUCUGUGCUAUGAUCCAGGAAGCUCUUUGUAAUCUAUAAUUCAUACUAACAUUUUAGAAAUGAAUUUAACUUUUUCACCCUUGUAUCA